AUGUCACUGUUUCCUGCAGACGUCCAGCAGCUGGUGGUGGUUAAAGAAGAGGUUCCUCCUGAGCAGCAGGAGAGGGGCUCCAGUCUGGACCAAGAGGAGCAAGAGCCCCCCCCACACAUUAAAGAGGAACAGCAGGAACUCUGGAGCAGACGGGAGGGAGAGCAGCUUCAAGGGCUGGAGGAGGCUGAUAUCAUCGAGUUCACCUUCACUCCUGUCCCUGUGAAGAGUGAAGAUGAUGAAGAGAAACCUCCGUCCUCAGAGCUUCAUCACAGACAGACUGAACUCAUGGAAACACAAGCUGAUGGAGAGGACUGUGGAGGACCAGAACCAGCCUCAGAUCCAGAUACACAUUUACAACCAGAUACUGAGGACAACACUGGAGACUCUUCUGAACCUGAGACUGAUGGCUGUGGUGAUUGGAAGCAGACCAGAGAGCCUCAGCCAGGUUUAAGCUCUCUGAAAUAUGAUCAAGUCCCUGUCAGUGAUUCCAGAUAUAGUGCUGGAGGAAAAACACUCAGCUGCUCAGUUUGUAAGAAGUCUUUUAAAUGGAGAAGUAGAUUAAACGACCACAUGAGAUCACAUACAGGAGAGAAACAAUUCAGCUGCUCAGUUUGUGACAAAACAUUUAACUACAAAUGGAUACUGAAAACACACACCAGAAAUCAUACAGGAGAGAAACCAUUCACAUGCUCAGUUUUGUAAGAAGUCUUUUAAUUGGAAAUCAAAUUUAAAACUUCACAUGAGAAUCCACACAGGAGAGAAACCAUACAGCUGCAGUGUUUGUGACAAAAGAUUUAAUCGCCCCUCGCAUAUAAAUAAGCAUAUCAGAACCCACACAGGAGAGAAACCAUUCACAUGCUCAGUU